UUGUAAUGGCAAGAAUGGAACGAAUUUAACAGAGUCCAAAAUAUAUUUUCCAUAUGUUUGAUACCGUUACAAAAAUUCCAUUCCAGCUAUUACAAUGAGCCCGUCCUCCUAUAGCUCCUCCCACCAGCCUCCUCUGACAGAGUACCCUAUGGCCUAUUCAUAUGACAUUGAUGCAGAUGACGCAGAUGUAUUUCCUAGAUAACACACAAACAAGAGAGACUCCUGUCAACCUGCAGUUCAAUGCCAUGCUGUCAGUUACAGUCACUCACUCACCAGAAUGUUUGGAAACUUUGUUGCGUCACAGCAUGCAAAAUACUGCCACAUCAGGGAUAACGCAGGGAGACAGAUCUAGUCUAUCCUAUCCUACUGUAGUCCACCGCCUGUACAGGUGUCAUUUCUACGGACUAAAUGAACCCCUAGGGUCCAUAAAGUGUUACAUAGAUUUAUCAAGGGGAGGCUGUUCAAUGCACAAGGAGACUCAUCUUUCACUCACAAAGAGGAUUAGGCCUACUAACAUAGGAUUGAAGUUAUCAGGAUAACUACAUCCCCUGGAAUAUCACCCUUUCACCUGGGAAUGAUGGACAACACAACACCCCCAGCUCUGGAGGAAAUGAAGGAUGUUGAGAAAGAAACUGAGACGGUAGAAGGAGAGUUGGAGAAUGGAGAACAUGUCGAUGACAAUGAUGAUGGAUUUCUUGGACCCUUGAAUGAUAUCGACCAACAUCCACCCAGUGUGUUUGGUACGGUGAAACCACAAACCAAACUUCUCUCUAGCCCGGACUCACCCUCUAACAGUCUGGAACUACAAGGCCAUAAAAGAGGACCAGAAGAGAGACCAAGGCAUCUGGAAGAUACAGAACCAGCCUCUGACAUGCAUGUGAAUCAGGGCCUUUUGGUUGAUAUUCAAAGAUGUGACAGUGGAGUGUGGGAGAGGGGAGAAGAGAGGGGGAAAGUACAUGUAGAAGAGGAGGAGUGGUCAGAGAGUGAGAGAGUAAAGGAUUCAAGGAUUAACAGAAGGAGCGCGAAGGAGAGAUGGAGACUGAGGAAGAGGGAGAGGUUGGGAGGGAGCAUACCAGCAGCAAAGACAGAGGGAUGGGAAAAGAUGGAGAAAAGAGAGAGAUGGAGUGAGUCAAGGAGGAUGAGAAAAAUGGAAGAGGAAGAGGGGAUGCAAGAUGGAGGUGUGCUGAAUGAGAGGAGUGAGGAGAGGAAGAGCGCAGAGGAGAUAGGUGAUAAAGAGACAGAGAGGAUAGGGGAUAGAGAGAUAGACAGAGAGGGCACAGGGGAUAGCGAGAUGGAAGUAGGAAGUGCAGGGGACAGAAAGAUGGAAGGAGAGAGUGUCAGGGAUAGAGAGAAGGAUGGCGAGAAGGAGGGUGCCAGCAGCCUGAGCUCUGAAGGGAGCUGGUCUCCUUCCCCCCAUCCCAUCUUCUCCAGGAUGCACAUGCACUCCUCCGUCUCAUCCUCCUCUUCCUCCUUCAACUGCUCCUCAGCGGAAAGCGAUGAUGUCUUCAGCGAAGGAGAGGACACAGCCAGCAAAAGGAGCACCAUGAGGAGGUGUCGCUCCUGGAGGACCUUCCUAACCGUGAUGCAGUGGUCAGUGCGUCGGCAGAGCUCAUGGGUCCAGCUAGCAGGACAUCAAGGUAACUUCCAGCUGAGUGAGGGGGGUGAGGUGCUGAAGCGUUUCAGUGAGGUGGAGGCUGUGUGUCUUCAGGCCCUCAUGGCCGACCCCCUGCGUCCAUUUGUACCGCAGUAUCAUGGCUCGGUCACCAAGGGGGGCGAGAGUUACAUCCGCCUGAAGGACUUACUGAGUGGCCUGAAGAACCCUGUCAUCAUGGACUGCAAGAUGGGUGUGAGGACAUACCAGGAGGAGGAGUUAACCAAAGCACACACUAAACCCACCCUGCGGACUGAUAUGUACCAGAAGAUGGUAAAAGUAGAUCCGACGGCUCCCACAGUGGAAGAACAUGAGCAGCGAGGUGUGACAAAGUGGCGCUACCUGCAGUGGAGGGAUAACACCAGCUCAACUGCCACAUUAGGCUUCAGGAUCGAGUGCAUCAUGAUGGAGAAUGGCAGCGUACAGCGGGACUUUAAGAAGAUGCUAACCCCAGCUCAGGUCAUCGAGGCCCUCCUCUCCUUCACCAAGAGUCAGCUACACAUCCUGAAGGCCUACCAUUCCAGACUUCAGGCUCUGGAUGAAGCACUGAAGGAAUCCCCAUUUUUCAAAGCCCACGAGGUGAUUGGCAGCUCGCUCCUCUUUGUCCACGACCGGACCAGUCAGGCAAGCAUCUGGAUGAUAGACUUUGGGAAGACCACCCCAUCGCCCAGCAGUGUGCAGCUGAGGCACGACGUCCCUUGGGCAGAGGGGAAUCGGGAGGACGGGUACCUGAUCGGGCUGGCCGCGCUCACCUCUUUCGUGGGUCAGGCCAUCAGCCAGGCAGCCUGCAGAAAGGAAGAGAACCAUGGAGAGGAGAUAGGCAGUGUCGCACAAACCCUGCAGGAACAGGAACACACACAGACUAAAAGUCAGGGUGGUCAGGGCGAGGCAGCACAGAAUGAAGGUACUUCUGAUGGAACAAGAGAGACCACAUCAGGACAAUACUCACAGGAAUGUGUUCUCUAAUUUACAUGGAUUAUGUUUGUGGAUGAUUUGAGGCAUUGCAAUAGACAGUAUUAAUGGACAGAAGUCUCAACUGUUUAGACAGAAUACAGGGUGAGUUGAGUUGAAUAAGGUGUUUAUGGACAAUAUUUUUUCAUUUUUUUUACAAUAAAAACUACCUAUUGUACAAAUGCCUCAUCUAUAGACAUAUUGACAGUUAUCAAUGUGUUCUAACUCAAAAGUCUGGUUCGUCUCAUUUGAAUGUGCCAUUGAGGAAUUUUAAUUUGAAUAGCCACAGUCGAUACUUCAGGCUUUGUGGUGGUUAUCUCCUGAACCAUCACUGCAGGACAGGUGAGGGAGGCUAGCACCCAACAUCAACAGAU